GCCAACAUGUUCAGUACACAGAUGAACUGGGAGUCAAACUGUUGUGUCGGAUACGUCGUCUGUUGCACCGAUUGAUGAUAAAAUAAUAAUUUAACGAUAUGGCGACUUGUUUGGUGCCGGACUUCCCAGCUGUAAGGAUUGUUUUAGAACAUUUGAGCGAGUUAGAUAAACGCCUAAGAGAAGAAGGGGUUUCGUUUAGUCAAGAAGCGAGUCAUCACCUGACAGAGACAGCUGAAGCCAUUAAAGAGCUGGAAUCGGCUAGGAAAGCAGCCCGUGAGAGACUUGAAGUUGAAACUAUUGAGACAAGCAAGCUUCGACAUCGCAAAGUGAAUUUACAAGAUGACAUCAAACGUGAAAUAGCAGUUUGUGUCACUGCAGCUAGAGAAAGCAAUGCUACGGCGUUAAAUCGACUUCGGUCUGAGCUGAAAGCUGCUGUGGACGACAUACAAUCCAUGGAGGAUAAGCAACAACUCAUUGAACAAGAAAAUGCUGCACUCCUUCAGGGGAGAGAAAACAUUACAAGAAACUAUGAAGAUGCUGUUGAUCAGCUGAACCAGAUGCUGUCGAAGAAAGUUGAUACACAGAUGCUGCUCAAAGAAAAACAGAAUGAGAUCCAGUCAUUAAAGGACAAAAUCGCCCAGGUGGAAAUGGCUCAACAGAUCCUGAAAGAAAACAGGAUUCAGAGAAACAAAAUAUUUACAGAAAGCAAACACUCUGUGCAAAAGGAGCUAGAGCAAAUUGUUCUUAAGAUAAAAGAACAAAGAAAAAUCAAUGCAGAAACACGGAGGGAAACAGACAGCAUUACAUCAGAGCUCCAAGACAAGGAGGACACAGUGACACAAUGUGAAAACCACAUCUCCCAACUGGAGAAAAACAUCGCCAAGCUGACCGCAUCUAAAGUUCACUGCCAAGAAAGACUUCAUAAAGCGAUUGGCAAAACAGAGGAACUUGAAUGUCAAAAGGAGUUUCAUGAGCGAGAACUGCUUGAAUUGGCAGAAGCAUUUGAACAGAAAGUUCAGGCCAUACAGGAGCAGAUUGAAAAGAUUGAGAAUGAGCUGGGGGAAGAGCAGAAAGUGAAAAGUGCUUUAUCAGAGCAGUGCGCUAAACUGUCAGACAUCUUCAGUGCUCAGAGCAGAGAGGAAGAUGACAUGAUCGCUGAACAAAACAGUCUGUCCAAACGGUUAGAGGAGAGCAAACAGAUACAGGACGAAGACAUUAUAUCCAUUGCAAAACUUAAAUAUGCAAUCAAAAACAUUAAAAGAGAGACAGGACAGCUUCAUGAUGCCAACAUAAUCAGUGCAGAUGUGUUCAGAAAGUCCACGUUGGAACUGGAAGGUCAAUUGGCCAAACACAACAUAAGCAGGCCAGAAUUUGAAGCUGAAAGAGAGAAAAUACGUCAAUCUUUGAAAACUCUUAAAGAGGAACAUGAGCAGCAUGUAAAAGAGAUGAAUACGGCAAUCGAACAAACACAGAAGAGAUAUGAAGAGCUUCUCAAGGAGGAGAAGAAACUCCAGGACCAUACAUUAUUGAAUUCAGUGAUAGAGGGUCUUACAAAUGAACUGACCAGCACAGAGGAAGACGGAAAACAAAUGGAAACUAACUACCAGGCUGAACUUCAACAGCUUACAAGGGAGGCAGAAUCAAUCACUCAAACUCAAAUGGAGAAGGAGCAGGAGCUCAAAGUUCAGGAGUCAAGUUUAGAGAUGGCAGAGUCUCAGUUUGACACUGAGCGUCUCAAACAUCAGACUUUAAAGAGACAAAUAUCAGAAUUGGAAAACCAAAAAAAUCAUCUUGAGCUCUCCGUUCAGAAGAUCACCCGGCAGACUGCUGCUCUCAUACAGCCAAAGGAUGACCUGAAGAGAGAGUUGAUGACUCUGAGAGAAAAGCAUAUGGAGAUGUUAACUGCUAAUGCAGCAGAGAUCAAUGCCGUGGAGACAAACAUCUAUGAGAACGGGGUCAUGCUGGAGCGGGUCAUGAUGGAGAACAGUCGUCUGCAUGUGUGCAUCGAACUAAUGAAGGAAGAAAUAAUGGCAGCGAAAAAAGACAAGGAGAAGUAUAUACAAGAGGCAGAGUGGAUGAAUGAGGAAGUGCAGUCCAUAUUUAAGAGUCUAAUAGACACCUGGACAACAGAUGUGCUGUUUACAGAGGAAUCUGCAGAUCAAGACCAGAAGAUAGUGGAAGACAUAAACAGUCUUUUAGAGAGGAUUCAAGAAAGAAAACAUCACAUCGGCAACAUCAACAACAAGCUGGAGAAAGAGUUAGUGGGCAUUAGGUCCAUGUUAGAGAAGACAAACUACAAAAGUAAGGAUAUUGAAUUGAAACAUUUACACCAUUCUACAGAGAUUUGACUCAUUAAAGGAACAGGGGAAUUUUAUCAUUUUUUAAUCCAUUCAGCCGAUCUCUAAGUCUGACGGGAACACUUUUAGCUUAGCUUAGCAUAAACAACUGAAUCGAAUCAGACCAUUAGCAUCUCACUCAAAAAUAACCAGUUUCAAUAAUUGUUCAAUUUAAAGCAUGCUGUAGAUACACAAUGGACUUCCAUCAGUUUUAGUACACAGUGCAGUUACAGAAGAGUCAAGCUUUAAAUAGGAAAUUAAUAUUUUUUGAAUGAGAUGCUAAAGGUCUAAUCUGAUUCAAUGAUUUAUGCUAAGCAAAGUUUUCCCAGCAGAUCCGGAGACAAGCUGAAAGGAUUCAAAAAUUGUAAAAAUUUAACUGUUUAACUUUUCCAAAAAAUGUAAAGUGUUCCUUUAAUAGCAACUUCUGGCCAAAUUUAUAUAUUUCAGACUUUAAAAGGUUUUGUUUGUUAGUAUUAGGUAACAUGAACUCACGAAGACCAAAAUAUUUUCUUUUGAAUGUUGUAAUUUUUUUUUUAGAUUUAUUCUAAUAAAAGUUAACAAACAAAUCCUUUAUGGACUGUGUUAAAAUGAAAGUCAAAAAAAUUUUAAAUUCUGUCAUCAUUUACUCUCCCAUUACUUAUUUCAAACCUGUAUUAGCUUCUUUUUUCCUUUGAACACAAAAGAAGAUAUUUGAAUCGUUUUUCUACUACUACGUCACAGGUUCUCAGCUUUCUUCAAUAUAUCUUUUGUUCAACAAAAUAAAGAAACUCAAACGUUUAAGACCA